GCAAAACUGCACACACAGUGCUGCGUGGUCUCUCACUCAUUCAAACUCCGUGAAAAGCCUUCCAUUUCUUCUUACCCAUCAAUUUCGUCCCACCUGUGGAUCUCUUUCAGAGCCCCUGUAAGUUCUCUAUCGGGUUUUCUUCUCAAAUCGUAACCAGGGAAUUUAAUGAGUUAUACCCAACAAACUGAGUGGUGCUCAACUGUUUGGCUAGCAGUGCCGAAGAGGAAGAGAUGCAUCUCUUAAGAAUGGAUUUAGAGGUCUUUUAUAAGAGUCAGAUGAGAGAAUUUUUUGAAGUAGAUCUGAACAUGUUUUAUGAAGUGGAACUGCUCAGGGAAGUGGCUGUCCUUGCUGAAAAUCUAGACAGGGACAAACUUGUUUCUUCGAGGUUCAUCGUAACACGGCUUUUGGAGGGUUUGUUAAGCGAGAAGGCAGACGAGGAUCUUGGAUACUUUCUUGCAGUCACUGGCAUAAAGAGGAUCGGCAAAGGAGAAGUUGUACACAACUCAGGAGAUGUGUUCUUCCCAGUAGUUUUCAAUUGUCGGAUGUUCCUGCCUUGCAAGGGAGAGAUCUUGGAAGGAGUCGUUGAUCACGUACACAGACUUGGGGUUUUCUUGAGAUGUGGACCUGUUAAAUAUGUUUUUCUUUCUGCUCGAAAAAUGCCAAAUUACCGCUAUGUUGUUGGGGAAAAACCCGUCUUCUUGCAUGAUGACCUUGCGAGGAUAGAGAAGGAUGUUGUGGUUCGCUUCGAGGUGUUUGGAGUCAGAUGGAUGAGGAGGGAAGAUAUAACAAAGGAGUUUAUGAUGCUUGCCACUUUGCAGGGUGAUUUGCUUGGUCCCGUUACUGGUCCUGAUGGACUGGAUUUGUAAAGAUUCAAACUAUAUAAAGGUUGCUUUUGUAAAAUUGUAAUUACCUGAUAGGAAGACUAGUUCAGUUUUACCCUUUAAGAUGCUCAUGGGCAAUAGAUCUUAAUUUUCAUUGUGAUGUGGACAUGAGCAGCAAAAUGUAUUCCCAAACUGGUGCUACAAUGCUAAAUUGGCAUUUAUAGUGGUAAAAAAACCUGGACAAUUUGAUUGGGAAGAGAC